AAAAAAGUUUUACAAAUUAAAACAAAAAAAAAUUUACAUUACAAAAAUAUAAGUUUAAAGUUCAAAACUAUAUUAUGAAGUAAUUUAAAGAAUUUAUCUGUAAGUAGAUUGUUAAAGCCGCUUUAAUAAGUGGCAGCUCAAUAUGCCGCUGAUUUGGCCGCACUUUUCUAAUAAAUACAAGCGCCAGAGAACGUAUUACAAUAUACGUGCUCUGGGCGAAGAAGUUCCAUUAAUAUUUUGUAAACAAUUUAAGAAGCUGUGAAACCAUUGAAUGAUUUUUUUUUUAUAUAUUGAUACAUAAAACAAAACUUCAUAUUCAAUGGGUCAGAAAGAAAUAGUGUUUGUAGAAAGCAAGGUAUUGAGUAUCGGGCGUAUAUAAUUAACAAUUUCCUGAAUAAUCAAACGAGCAACAGGCAUUACAAAACUAAAAUGUUGCACUGUAGCGAGUUUGAUUAUGAAAAUGGAAACUUUACAAGAAUUACAGCAUUGGAUGUCAAAAUUGUUAAAAGUAAUAUAGUAUUAUGCGAGCAAGAUUCAGGCUUUAAGGAUGAUAUUGAAUUGCUUGACGAUGAGGGUGGGACCAUUGCUGCUGAAUGUUUCGACAAACCAGCUAUCAUUAGACGAAAAAAAGGCCGUCCACCUAAACGCUACAAUUAUCAAUUCAAAUGCGAACAAUGUGACUUUGUCACUGCCUAUGCAAAGUAUUUUCGUACUCAUUUGUCUCAAACACAUAAAGACGAUUCAAUGCGUAUAUUCAAAUGUACACAAUGCCCUGAAGCAUAUGUGGAGGAGCGUUUUCUACAUGAGCAUGUGAAAUAUUUACACGAUUGUGUGCCACGCCAACCGAAAUUCAUCUGCACCAAAUGUGGUAAAGGAUUUCCAAAACAAUCACAUCUCACGCGACAUUCCUAUGUGCAUGAUCCAGCGAAGAAACCGUUUCUAUGCGAUCGCUGUCCUAUGCGUUUCACAAAUCAGUCCACCUUAAAUCGUCACAUUGAAGCGAAACAUAUUGAGCAUAAAGUGCAUACUUGUGCAGAUUGUGGCAAGGCUUUUGGUCAUAUUUACGGCCUAAAAGCGCACAGAAUACGUUUGCACAAAAUGGAAUUUUAAUAAUUACAUAUUAUUUAUUUUCAAUCACCUGUAUUAUAAGCUGUUUCAAAUAUAUAAAAGACUUAAGACAGAAACUUGCAAAAAGGUUUGGCGUUAAUUUACAAAAUUUAUAUUUCCAAUAUUAAAAAA